UUAAAUAGUUAAAUAUGUAGUUUUUGUGAUGAUUGUGAUGUUUUUAAACUAUUUAAGAUGUUAGGAGGGAACGUGUUUAAAUUACAAUUUAGUGAUUAGGUACCGAUCUUCGUUGGAAACUAAGGGAACAAUACACUUUUACAGUAAUUUAGACUACUAGUGAUUUCUAUAUAAGAAAAUAUGUCUUCUAGGAUCAAAAUGUUAAUUUUAUAGUCGUUUAAAUAACUCCUUUUAAAACCAUUAAAUAAAGGAGAUGGAGAAAGUUUUUAUCAUGUGUUCAAAAAUUCGUAAAAAUUACCGUAAACAUUACACAAACGACGAGGUGACUCCACUUCUUACUUCCAGUGAGGAAAUCAAAACUUUUUCUAAAUCCUUCAAAUAUGCCUGCCUUGCAGCUGCAGUUGUAGUAGCAGCGAUAGUAGGAAUUGUUCUUCUUGUAAUAUUAAAACCGAAAGAAGUAUUAUUGCAUAAAGGCGCCGUAGUAACAAAUUCACCAGGAUGUUCAGAUGUUGGGGUAGACAUUAUGAUCAAAGGUGGAACGGUAGCCGAUGCUGCAAUAGCGACUCUAUUUUGCGAGUCUGUUUGCAGUCCUCAGUCCAUGAGUGUAGGAGCAGGAUUUCUAAUGACAAUUUACAAUAGGACCACAAGAGAAGUAAUCACAUUAAAUGCUAGAGAAGUAGCUCCCAUAAAUGCAACACAAGACAUGUUUGCAGGAAAUGCCAUGUUAUCAUCUAUUGGUGGCUUGGCAGUAGGAGUUACAGGAGAACUUAGGGGAUAUUGGCAGCUGUAUCACAAACACGGAGGAGGUGUUCCAUGGAAAGAUUUAGUACAACCUAGCAUUGACUUAUGUUUUAACGGCAUACCAGUUAGCAAAUAUAUCGAGAAUGCUUUAAAGAAAACAGAAGUACUAAUUAGAAAUAAUACUUUGCUGUCAGAAAUAUUUAUUGAUCCAAAAACCAAUGCAACCUAUGUGGAAGGAGAUUUUUACAAAAGACCAAAACUGGGAGAGUUUUUAAAAGUUGUUGCAGAAGAAGGAGGUGACACGCUACAUAAUGGAUCUUUUACCGAAAGUUUUGUUAAAGAUAUCCAAGAUAAUGGUGGAAUUAUUACAGUAGAGGAUAUGCAUAAUUAUAGUCCAAGGUGGCAACCAGCAAUUAGUACACAGUUUAAAGACGGGAGGACUAUGCAUACACAUCCAUUACCAAGUUCAGGACCAAUACUAGCUCUAAUGUUAAAUGUGUGGGAUAACUAUUUGGACACAAAUAAUCCCGAAUCUAUUGAAAACUAUCAAAAAAUGAUAGAAACCUUUAAGUUUGCUUACGCUAAAAGAACCCUCCUAGGAGAUGAGAACUUUGUUGACGUUACCGAGGUCAUGGCUAAUUUAACUUCAAAGUCCUUUGCCGAAGAAAUAAGAAAUCUUAUAAAUCUUACUGCCACCAGUUCAGAUAUUACAUAUUAUGGGGCUAAUGCAACUGUUCCCAUAGACCAAGGUACUGCAAAUUUAUGCUUUUUAGCUCCAAAUGGCGAUGCAAUUGUCGUUACUAGUACCAUUAAUGGCAUGCUGGGAGCGGGUUUUGUCUCUGAAAGUACAGGUAUUAUUUUAAAUAACCAGAUGGAUGACUUCUCAUCACCUAGUAUUAUCAACUCUUAUAAUAUUCCGCCAUCACCAGCAAACUUCAUCGUACCCGGAAAACAACCGAUGUCGUCGAUGGUUCCUACCAUCGUUGUAGAAAACAACGGUGAUGUUGUGAUGGCAGUUGGUGCAGCGGGCGGUUCCAAAAUUAUAACAAGUGUUGCUCAGAUGAUAGUAAGACAUUUAUGGUUUGACAUGGGAAUUAAAGCAACGUCAGAUCUUAGAAGAUUUCAUCAUCAGCUAUGGCCAAUGUCAGUAACUCUAGAACCUCUUUACGAAACAGAAGCUCCCGAGAUUGCCGACGGCUUGCGGAAAAUAGGCCACGAAGUCGCUUACGCUGAUGGACAGGGAUUCGCUGCAGCGACGUGUAUAUCAACACGAGACGGGUCCGUUACAGGAGUUUGGGAUAGGCGAAGAUCUGGAACAGUGACAUAUCUGUGAUAACGUUCACAAUAUAAAUUAGUUAUUUGUGAAUCUAUUUAAGGAGAAAUGUAUUUUGUGUGUUAUGUUUCUCAAAAGCCUUCUUGUAGGCCUAAUUUAUUAUAUUAUAUUAUUAAAUAAAUUGUGUAUUUA